GCUCUAGAUCGGAUGGAAGAUGGCGGAUGUUUGUAGUGUGAACCUGGAAGAGAGCAGCUGAUACAAAACACAAACAUCAAGCGCAGGAAAUAAAGAAAAUAAACCCGCGGAGCAGAGAUAGACAGACUGAGAGACAGACAGAUCCACCGUCAGACAGACAGCAUCAUGUCUCGCUGCUCAGACGGUGAAGACAGCUGCUUUGUUGCCAUGGACACCGAAGACAGUGUUGAGACGGCGGACAGUAGGACGAGAGCGGCGGCGAGCGCUCACAGUAUGGGUGAACUGCCAGAGGAAGUGCUGGAGUACAUCCUGUCCUUCCUGUCUCCAUAUCAAGAGCACAAGACUGCCGCCCUGGUGUGCAAACAGUGGUAUCGCCUCAUUAAAGGUGUGGCGUAUCAGUGUUAUCACGGUUUCCUGCGAGCCGUUCAAGAGGGAAACAUCCAAUGGGAGAGCAGAACUUACCCGUAUCCUGGAACACCAAUUACACAACGAUUCUCACACAGUGCGUGUUAUUAUGACUCCAAUCAGUCCAUGUACGUGUUUGGCGGUUGCACUCAGAGCAGCUGUAACGCCGCGUUUAAUGACCUGUGGAGACUCGACCUCAACAGUAAAGAGUGGAUCCGACCGCUCGCGUCAGGUUCAUACCCGUCUCCUAAAGCGGGAGCGACUCUGGUGUUGUAUAAAGAUCUGUUAGUACUCUUCGGCGGCUGGACGCGUCCAAGUCCAUAUCCUCUCCAUCAGCCCGAGAGAUUCUUUGAUGAAAUACACACAUACUCACCAUCUAAGAACUGGUGGAACUGUAUCGUGACGACUCACGCGCCGCCACCCAUGGCAGGCCACUCCUCCUCUGUGAUUGGCAGCAGUAUGGUGGUGUUUGGAGGAUCUCUGGGUGCGCGGCAGAUGAGUAAUGAGGUUUGGGUUCUGGAUUUGGAGCAGUGGACCUGGUCUAAACCCAGCAUCAGCGGCCCGUCUCCACACCCGCGAGGAGGACAGUCUCAGAUCGUGAUUGACAGUGACACUCUGCUCAUUCUGGGCGGCUGUGGAGGUCCAAACGCUUUACUGAAGGACGCAUGGCUGCUGCACAUGAGCGCCUCCAGCUGGACAUGGCAGCAACUGCGAGUGGAGAAUGAAGAUCACGGAGCGCCAGAACUGUGGUGCCAUCCAGCAUGCAAGGUGGGCGAGUGUGUGGUGGUGUUCUCUCAGGCUCCAUCAGGUCGCGCUCCUCUCAGCCCGAGUCUGAACUCUCGCCCAUCACCCAUCAGUUCAACGCCUGCCCCGCUCGGCCCCGACCCGCCCUCACUGCGCUCGCAGUCUCCAGUGCGCGGCGGCGCCGCAGGUGUAGUGUUGGGCGCGGUCGAAGAGGCGCCAUGUGUGAACGGCCGAUGGGGGACACUGCGCCCGAGAGCGUCGGUCAGAGUGAGAGAUGGCAUUCCGUCAUCGCAGCAGCCGUCGCCCUCGCGUGGACCUGACAGCCCACCGCUUCUCAACGGCUCCUCCCCCUCUCCACGCACGAGCCCCGUCCAGGCAGCAUCUCCGCCUACGCGGCCACACGACUACAGCUGGGACGAACCGCUGGGUGCUAACGGGCUUCACACACCUCCGCAGGCCGUGACGCCACACACCCCGCCAGGCGCAGUAUCUCCAGCGGCGCUGCGACGAGGCCUCGAGGCUGUUAAAGCUUCUUCGUCACUCCCGACCUCAUCCUUGCCGUCCCAGCCGAGCACCUCCACAUCCGGCGGCACGCCCCCCGCCUCCUCUAGUAGCCCGCCGCAGGCAGCCGCGGCUGAUGGACACUCCAUCCCGCCGAUCGCGCGGCGACUUGCCCAUCACCCACCGCAGAGUUUGAACGUGGGCAAGCCACUGUACCAGUCGCUCAACUGCAAACCCAUGCAGAUGUACAUGCUGGACAUUUCACGUGCCAAGUCUGAUGGCGUGGUGUCGUGGCGGGUGUACGGGAGCGGCAGCGCACCUAGCGCCGUCACAGGACCGCCAGAGACGAGUCUUCACAGUGUUGUACAGGGGCGCGGAGAGCUCAUCAUCUUCGGUGGGCUCAUGGACAAAAAGCAGAAUGUGAAAUAUUACCCCAAAACCAACGCCUUGUACUUUGUCCGCGCUAAAAGGUAAUGGACGAGCACGAGAUGCGUUUAGCUCUCUGAAGAUUCCCGCACACUGAAGUGUUUAACUGGACGACUUUUGACCUUACACUAAUUUACCUUAAAUACAACACAUAUAAAGGACACUCGAACAUAGUCAUUGUUUCAAUUUAUGAGUGAAUGAUGUGUGUGUUUGUGUGUGCGCGCAUGUGAGUGCGUGUGCGUGCAUGUGAGUGCGUGUGCGUGCAUGUGAGUGCGUGUGCGUGCAUGUGAGUGCGUGUGCGCGCGAGUGUGUGUGUGUGCGCGCGAGUGUGUGUUUGUGCGCGCGUGUGUGUGUGUGUGAGUUUGUGCGCGCGUGUGUUUGUGCGUGAGUGUUUGUUUGUUUGUGUGUGUGUGUAAGAGAGACAUUGAAGGGAAUGUUUUUUAUGUUUCUGUUGUAUUUGACUCAAACUCUGAUUUGACUGAAGGAAACAAGUGAUUGAGGAACAGAAAAUAUCAACCUUUUUUAUCCUCUUACAGCUGCCAUUGUUUACAUUAAACGUGUGCGUGUGUGUGCGUGCGUGCGCGUGUGUGCUCUACUGAGGGAACAAGACUGUGGAUUUUAAGUGGAAAUAAAGCUCUCCAUGUCUUAACUCUC